UAAUGUGAUGCGUUAUAGAGGCAUUGCAUGGGGGUUGUUCCAUGAGUAUUAGCAUUGAUGGCUUGUUGUGCAGUGACACAGAGUACAAAUGAGUGUAGAAUCUCUCUGCUUUAUACCCCUGUACUAAGGAGCAAGUCCCGACAUAACGAUCAAUGGUGAUACUGGUGGUAUUCCAGAAGGUGAAACACAUCGCUGCCACGCCAUUGGCCAAUAUUUCAACGCCUUUAUUUUCUGGAAUUCAUCAUGAUAUGCUAGUUACACCAUACAAACCAUGGAUGGCUAUAUCUCAGGGAGUGUUAAAGAUUACACGCUCAUGCUUUGUAUAUCUGCCAGGCUUAGUCAUCUGCUCAUCACUGUCCAUGUAUUUAGCAUGGGGAGCCUUGUGGAGGAGACAAACAGGAUCAACGCAGUGGCUCAUGUAAAAGAUGAACCACCAAGAACGGUCCUAUUGGACAUAUCGUAA